AUGCUUCCUCGUGCCUAGAGGAACCCCAGGAAGCUUUCGCAGCACGCAUCGGCCAAACACCAUGGCCUUCGUGCGAGAUCAUGGCACCUGCUGCGUCUUCCUGCCGCUGAAGCUGGGCAUCUACCUCGUCUCCAUGGCGGUGUUCAUGGACGGGGUCUUGUGCGUGGUGGCGACCUUCACCGCGGACAUCCGCUUCCAGCCCAACGGCUACAACGAGCGCUUCUACCGCUUGCCAACCUUCGUGGGCGUCUUUGGCCUCUUCCUGGGCUUCAUCGGUCUCUUGGGCACGCACGAUGACAAACCGGCGUGGAUCCAGUGGCUGGUCUACUUCCUCUUCCUCAAGUUCCUUGCCCUCUUCAUUGCCUGCGCGGCAGACUACUCCACGCUCUUCAAGUGCGACAGCUGGCUGAGCUCCACCGAACGCCUCACGCACCCCAACGAGCAGCUCACCGCCUUGGCGGAGUCUGGGGUUUGCCCUUGGGCGCGGCUGGCCUACACGGUGGGCGCGGCGAUGCUGCUGGCGUUCUGGGCCUAUUGCACCUACCAUGCCUACACCUACUGGAAGCAGGUGCAGUGCAACCCCUCGUACCCCAUCGACUUCGGGCACGAGCGUCACGGCACCUCUGGACGAUGGGAUGCCUUCCAGGUCAAGGACCCCCGACUGCCGGAGAAUGAGGAGGGCCAGCCACUGCUACCGCAGCACAUGAUGCACGAGGAGGAGGAGGCUACCCCGGCGCCGGCGUAUGGCACAGCGGAGCACAAUCGAUACGGCCCCGACGCUCAAGAGAUGGCCGACAUGGAGCCCUGAGACUCCACGCGAUUGACUGGAGCGAAGGUCAGGGA